AUGUCCAAGCCAUUCAACCCCGAGGAGGCCGAGAACUUUGAGGAUAUGGAGAAGCAGUUCGCUGUUAAGGCCGUCGAACACCUCAUGACAUACUGGGCCAUUCUGGAGAAGGUCAAGGGCUCGCAGCUGCGCCUGACCAAGAUGGAUGACCUUAUCUACGUUUCGUUCAUGAAGGAAUUCCCAGGCUUCGACCCCUCCGCUCCACUCGAUGAGGACGCGAUGAAGAGCAAAGCUGGCAAGGAGAAGUGGCGCAACUGGGUCAACCAGUUUGAGAAGGAGAUCGAGGACUACAACUUUGGAACGAUGAUUCGCAGCCGUGCCGAUGCCGAGUACGACCAAGACACUACCAUCUUCGGUCUGCGGAUGCAAUUCUACGCUAUUGAGAUUGCCCGUAACCGCGCUGGUCUGAACGACUGGAUCUACGAGAAAGCCAACGCCUGA